UAAAAUUAUGAAGCUUAAUUGUUUGAUUUGUUAUUUCUUAAUAGCCCUAAUUUUGUUUGGAUUACUCCAAACUUUGUUUGCCCAACAAAAACGCUGCCUUAAAGUAAAGCUUCCCGAUGUUUGUGAAAAUUCUUGUCCGUAUCCUGCAAAAUAA